AUGACUCACACAACAUCUGAAAACACAUCACUUAAAAGAACUUCUGCAGUAGGAGAUAGAGCAAAAGAGGGAAUAUCAAUUAAUUCUGGUUUGUUGGCAUUAGGAAAUGUUAUUUCUGCUUUGGGCGACCCAUCAAGAGCAAAAAACACAACACAUGUUCCAUAUCGUGAUUCAAAACUCACUCGUCUAUUACAAGAUUCAUUAGGUGGCAAUGCUCAAACCUUAAUGAUUGCUUGUGCUACUCCAGCUGAAUAUAAUAUCAGCGAGACAAUAAACACUCUUAAAUACGCUAAUCGUGCUAGGAACAUAAAAAAUGUUGCCACUGUUAAUCAGGAAGAAGCUGGCUGGCAUGAUUUGGAGCAUUUACAGAAUUUAGUUUUAAAACUUAGAAAUGAAAUAAAGGCUUUGAAACAAUCUGUUAGCAUUUCUUCUAACAAUCCUGGUUCUGGCAGAAAUACUCCUAUUCUACAACCUGACGGCAGAGAUGACUCUCCACCCACUCCAUUAACCAUAUCGACUACCAAUUUACACAACAAAGACAAAGAUAUUGAAGCUCUCGAAAUACAAAUAUCAGAAUUACAACGUUCAUAUGCUGAACUCUCUCAAAAACAUGCAAAAACCACAGCUGAAUUAUACACAUAUCAAGAUAACCUUGAAAACUCCGGUUAUUCCUCAAAUGGUUUAACUCCUAUAAUAGAAGAAGAAACUAUUUAUGCUAACGUUAAUAACAACGGCGACAAUAAUAAAUUGUUUCUCAAUUUUCAAGAAACCGUAGGUCCUGUGAUUAAAGAAUAUGAAAAAUCAAUCGCUGAUCUUGAAAGUAAACUUUCUUUGACUCGUGCUGCUUUGUCCACUUCAGAAAAACUAGUUCAAGAACAUUCAAUAAAACUUGCUGAAGUUGAAGAUUUAAAUCAUAAAAAUAAAAACAUGAUAACAGAUUUGAAAAAUAAAAUAUUUAAACUUCACGAACGUGAGGAAACUACUGAAAAUUAUAUUAAAGAUCUAGAGGCUAAGGUUAAUUCUCAAGAUAUCGAACAGAAAAAAGAUCAAGAAGUCAUAACUGAAUUAAAACAUAAGGUUUAUGAACUUCAAUCAAACGCUGAAGAUAGUGAAGGCAUCAUCCGGAAAUUAGAAGCCAAAUUGCUCAAAACUGAACAAAAAUCUAAUAAUGCAAAUGUGACUCUUUCACAACUCGAACAAUUUUUACAAGAGAAAGAAGAAGCUUAUGUAAGUUUAGAAGGAAGAUUCAACCAAGAAAAAUCCAAUGACGAAAAAGAUACUAAAUUAUUGUUGACUGAGAUUGAAGAUCGUGAUAAGAGAAUCGCUGAACUUGAGAAAAAAGUUGACGAACUUGUAAAUAAUAUUAGUCAAUUAAAACACUUGAAAUCUGACAGCUCCUCUUCUUCAUCUUCACCUUCAUCAUCCCUUUUCUCAUCGUCUGAUAUCGACACUCCUUUAUCCACAUCAUCCAGUUUGAACACUUCAAUAUCAACAAGCGACUAUUCAAGUGUCUCAGAACUUGAAUCUAAAUUAUAUGAACUUCAAAAAACUCACGAAGAUACUGUUUUGGAAUUCCAAGAAAUAAAAGAUAAAUAUCAAGGUUGCCUUGAAGAAUUAAGUGAACUUUAUACUCAAUUGGCUGACGCUAAAAUGUUGCAUCUUAAUAUAGUUGAAACCACUCCUUCAACUCCAAUGACCGAUACUUUUGACGAACCAAGUAAUCCCAAUUCUUUGUCACCUUACACACGUGGCACACAUAGAAAAGCAAGGUCUUUAUCUACUGAAAUUAAAGGUGCCGAGAAAAAAGAACUUACUAGUAUGGCUAUGAUUCAAAAACUUCAAAUUGAACUUAGGCAAUUGGAAUUACUCCAUGAGGAUAAGGCAAAAGGUUUAGAUGCUGUUAGACAAGAAUUUGCUCGUCUCGAAAUUAAUCAUUUAGCUACUAUUGAAAUAAUAGAGGAGCUUCGAGAAGAAAUUAAAAGACGUGAUGCUUUAGCGCAAUUGGAAGUUAUGUCAGUUAUGACUUCUGAAUAUGCUUAUACUGAUGGUGGCUUUUCUGCUGCUACAAGUGAAAUAGAUCAAAUUGAUAUCGUACAUCGUCUUAGAGACGAUGUUGAACAACUUAAAGAAGAACAAAGAAAAACGCUUGAUUUGCUUUCCAAGAAUGAUAAUAAAGAAGAAAUAAAUAAUGAUGAAAUUCUCAAAAUUGAAUCUACCAUUCUUCAACUUAAAUCAGAAAUGAAUCAGUUUAUUGAGGAGCGUGAUCAGAAAUUUGAUAAAGUUAACGAUGAGGCUAUCAAUAAAUUAAAAUCAAAAAUAAAAGAAUACGAUGAACAACUUAUCCAAGCUCAAGAAGCCCAACGACAAAUUCAAGUUAAUCAAGUAAUUGCUAACCUUGAGGAAAUCGAUAAAACCACCACCACCGUCACACCUGAAUCUGAACAAGCAUCUGAGUUGCGUCAACAAGUUGAAAGAAUUCAAAAUGAGAUCGAGGCUAAAAGUCAUACUAUAGCUGCAUUAUUGUUUCCUUCAGUUGAAAACCAAAACACUAUUAGGAGAUUAGAGGAUGAACUCCAAGAAUCUAGAGAUGUUCUUCGUCUUGCGAUCGAAGAGAGAAAUAAUAGGUUAGAAACAAUUUCUGAAGAUGAUGACGAUGAAUAUGAAAUUGGUGACAAGCAUGUUAAAGAAUUAGAAAGCCGAGUAAAAGAUCUUGAAUUUCAACUGACUAAAGCCAAAGAGGCACAACAUGUUCCUACUAGAAGAAGUUCAAUAGCAGAUAAUAUGAAUCAAACAUACGAUACAAUAGAAGUUCUUGUACGAAAACUGAACGAAUUACAACAUGAAUUGUUGGGUGAAAAAUCUAACCUAGCUGAUCAUGAAACUGAACUUUUUACUAAUCUUCGAAAACAAGUUGACAUGCUCAAAACAGAAAUUGUUCAAAAAUAUGAAUUGAUUGAUACAUUAAAAAGAGAUCUUGCUGAUAAGUCAACAAUACAACAAAGAUUGAGAGAAAAAGAAUCUGAAGCAUUGGCCUUCAGAACUAAAUUAAUGGAGGUUCAUAAACAUGAAGAGGUAUUGGAGAAUGAAAUAAGAGAACUUAAAGCAAGAUUAUACCAAUUGGAAAAUGGUGAAGAUGUUAACAAAGUUCUUCAUGCUGAAUUGGAGACCUUGAGAAAAGAACUUAAGGAAGUCCAUGGUCGUGAAGUUGUUGCUUUAGAGAGGCUUCGUGUUCUGAAGGCAAAGAUGGGCACAGAUAACGAGGAAUCUCAUUUACAAGAACAAUUAGAACAUUUGCGAUCUGUUGAGAUAGCACAACGUGAACGCAUCUUAGUGUUGGAGGGAAUACUUGCAGAACAGGGUGGUAAGGUUGAUGAAGAUCUUAUCAAGUUAAGAACUGAUUUAGCCUUCGCAAAAGAUUCUGAAAUUACAUAUAAGAAAACAAUCGAAAGCUUGGAAAAUAAAUUGAAGAAAGCUGAGGAUAGGUCUCAAGUUGCACUUUUGAAACGUGAGAUUAGCGUAAUUAAAAACAAAGAAAUUGAACAAUUAGCUAAAAUCCAAGAACUUGAACUUAAAUCAAGUCAACAAACCUCCAAAGAUGGCCAACGAGUUAAAGAGUUAAAUGAAGAAAUUGAAAAAUUGCGUGCUAACGAAAGAGAACAACGUAAGCAAAUGGAGACUCUUGAAAUCCGUUUGGAAUUGGUUCAAGAUGAAGAUCCCAAUAUUUCUUCAUUGCGUGACCAAAUUUCAUCCUUAAAAGCCUCCGAAACAGAUCUAAAAAGAAAUGUUCAAGAACUUGAAUCCAAAUUGCUUUCUUCACAAAAAGAAGCCAAUAUUUUUGAAACUGUUAAAGAGGAAGUCAAACUUUUAAAAGAAAUCGAAACUCAACAAAAAUCUACAAUUGAACAAUUACAAUCACAACUACGUAAAGUUAGGAAUACCAAAGAAGCAGCAAUAAAAGAAUUACAAACUAUGAAAGGAGGUUUCAGUCUUCAAAAAGAACUUGUGAUUUCCCAAGAGGAAGAACUAAAAGUUCUGAGACAAGAAUUAGCGAUAACAAAAGAAAAAAACAAAACUUCUUUGGAUGAAUUUGAAAGUCUUUCAAAGUCGUUAAAUGAAAUCGAAAAACAACGUGAUGAUUCACAAAAAAAGGUAAAAGUUUUGGAAAUUGAAAUUGAGACAUACAAAAUUGCAGGCUCGGGUAGUGAUAGUAACAUCAAAGCCUUACGUGAAGAAUUAUCCAAUACUAAACUUGAAAUGGUUGCACAAAAUGAAAUUCUUGCUGAACUUGGUUCACAAUUAAUAGAAAUUGAAAAAUCACGUGAUCAGAAUGACAAACAUGUUGAAGAAUUAAAGAAAACCCUUAAAGAGAAAGAGGCUAGUCAAAAAGAUGCAAUAAAAUCAUUAGAGAAUACAUUGGUAACUUUAGAGACAGAACUCAGUAAAUAUAAAAACUCAUCAAAUGUAAAUAAAGAAAAUAUCACAAAUAUUGAAGGAAAGCUUUCAGUUGUGAAGGAGCAGCUUCAGUACGCAAAAGAUUUGGACGAAAAACGUUCCACGAUGAUCAAUGAUUUGGAAAGCAAACUAGUGAAAGCUGUUGAUGCCUUAAAAGAAAAAGAUAAUGAUAUUGUUAAUCAGGAUAAUAUGCUUGCUGAAUUGGAAAAAAUAAUACUUGCAACGCAAACAGAAUUAUCUUCUUCCAGAUCGUCUGAAAUCGAAGAAUCCGAAAGAAUCAAACAACUCCAGACCAAAUUAAAUGAACUCACUUUCAAGUUAUCAAAUCAUUCUUCUUCAGCUGAGAUUGAGCUCAUAAAAAAUGAACUUUCGAAAUCAAAAACAAUUGAAGCUGAACAAAACCAAAUAGUCAAAGAGUUAGAAAUUAAAUUAAAAGAGGCACAAAGUCUCCGUAACAAAGAGAUUUCUAAACUUAAAGAUGCAAAUAAAGAAAUAGACGAACUUCAAGAGAAAUGUACCAAUUUACAAAAUAAACUCGAAGAUACCAUUCAUGAUUCUUUAAUUCAAAGUUAUGAAAAUAUUGACGAUUCUGCGGUUGAAGAUCUUGCAAAUCAACUUAAAAAAGCACAUGCCCAAGUUGUAGAAAAUAGAGAUCGUGUAGUAGAAUUAGAAAAAUCCACAAAACUACUUGAAUCCGAAAAAUCUGAACAAAUUGAAAGAAAUGAAAAUCUUGAACAACACGUAGAACAACUUCAAAAAGAUAUUGAAAAUUUGGCCGAAGAAUUUGCUGAAGUUGCUAACAAAUUUAAUGAUACUGAUGAAUUAUCAAAACAACAAAAGAGUCGUAUUGUUGAAUUAGAAAUCGCUCUUGAAGAAGCCAAGAAAAAACCAACCGAUAAUCAUAAUUCAGCAUUGACAAAUCCUGCAUUAGCUAAACUGGCAUCAGCUAAUGAACUUUUGCGUCAAACUAAUGAAAAUCUCAAUUUGAAGACAGCUGAAGCCGGAGAACAAAUCAAAGCAUUAAAGGAAAAGAUAAAAACAUUGGAAAAAGAAGUUAUUAACGAUAGUGAAAAUAACAAAUUAAGAGAAAAAAUAAAGGAACUUCAAUCAGAAAGGGAUGAAUUGGAAGAAGCCAAUGAAAAUUAUUUUGAAGAGCGUAGUAAGCUAGACCUCAAAGUAGAAUCAUUGCUUGAACAAUUACGUUUAGUUGGACUUGGCGGAAAUCAUGCAGCCACUCAAAUAACGCAAUUAAAUGAGCAAGUUAUAAAUCUUGAAAAAGAACUUUCUAUUCUGGAACAAAAAUCAUCUCUUGAAUCUAAUGAAAUGGAAAAUGAAAUUACACGAUUAUUGGAAAUAAAUGAACAACUUGAGCAUGAUGUUAAAGAUUUGGGCAUAGAUUUAUCGAAUCCACGUAGCAGCAUUAGCGAUACAAAUUCACAUUCAGGUGCUGAAGAUUCAGCCAAAAACAAAAUUAUUAAACAAGAAGUUUUAAUUGCGCAUCAAAAUAAUAUUAUUAAAACCCUUAAAGAAAGAAUCACAGACUUGGAAAGAAAUGAUAAUGAUAACGCGCUUUCCCCACGUUCAAGAAGAGGAUCAGAUGCAAAUACAACAGCAGCUGAACUCGUAUCAGAAAUUCAGAAAUUACACAAAAAGAUUGCAAAACUUGAAGGUGAAGGCUUACAAAACAGAAACCUUGUUGAAUCUUUGGAAACUGCGCUCAAAGAUGAAGAAACAGAACUUCGUGUUGCUAAGCAACAAUUAUCGAUAUUACAACGUGAAAAAAGUGAUCAUAUGGAUGAAAUCAGAAAGCUGAGAACAGAAUUAGAUGAUGCGCAAUUAAAAGUAGAAGAGGCCAAAUCUACAGUGCAAGAAGAGAAGAAGGUUAUGGAGACAGUAUUAGAGGAGGAACGAAAAGCCAAAGAAAGAGCAGAAAAGGCAAGAUUAGCUUUAGAGAGUCGAAUGGAACAACUCAUUGCAAAAAGAAACAAAUUUAUGUGUUUCUAA